GGAUGUCAGUUAAAAACACAGACCUGGCAACCUAAAUGACACUCGCAGCCGGAGCUGCUGUGGUGAUGAAACGCAUCUUAACCACCAGCGUUCACACGAUUUGGGACUUUUUCGUCUAUUAGCUCUGGAUGUAACCCCUACGGAUGGAAACAAAGAAUCAGGUGACCGCAGGUUGACCAGCGGUGUCAGGCAGGUAACAGCUGCGUGACGGGAGCCGCUGAAAUGAGCGAUAGAGCCGAGAUGAGAGGGCCCGUAACCCGCCGGAGGAGGACGACCAUCUCCGGCGGAGGCAGCGGAGCCGCCGCGGUGAAACAAGCCAACGGGAACAAGUGGCACGAUGCCGGGGGGAAAGCCCCACAUCAUGCCGCUGACACCAAAACAAAAGAGGUGUCCAGGCAUGCGAGUAAAAACGGGAAGAUGGACAGACAGAUGGGGACGUCGGAGCAGCAGCAGCCCCCCGGCAGCCCGAGGAGACAGAGGAGUGUGGAGGAGGACUUCAACCAGAGGCUCAGCUGUCAUGUCCUCCAGGAGUCUCUCUUAAGUUCAGCCAGUGGCUACAGCAACUACAGAGGAAUCCUCAACUGGUGUGUUGUCAUGCUGGUGCUGAGUAAUGCACGCCUCUUCUUAGAGAACAUUAUAAAGUAUGGUAUCUUGGUGGACCCGAUCCAAGUCGUGUCCCUCUUCUUGAAGGACCCCUAUAGCUGGCCAGCAGCUUGCCUCAUCAUUGUGUCCAAUGUGUUCAUCUUAGCAGCCUUGUACACAGAGCGGCGUCUGGCUGUGGGUACCAUUUCCAAAAGGACAGGACUGAUUCUUCAUAUUUUUAACCUGACAUCGUUGUUGAUCUUCCCUGCAGCCACUAUACUCACUGUAACUUCCAUGACCCCAGUGGGUGGCGUGCUCUCGUUAGGAAUCUACACAGUGCUGCUUCUCAAGCUGUACUCCUACCAAGACACCAACAAGUGGUGUCGAGAAAUAAGAAAAGCAAAAGCCAAGAGAUUAACAAGAUCAUACUCAUGUCCGUCCGUGGCACAGUCAAAUGGUUCAGCAGUCCAUCCUCAUGUCUCCUACCCGGGCAACCUCACACACAGAGACAUGUACUACUUUGUCUUUGCUCCAACUCUCUGCUACCAGCUGAACUUCCCACGGUCACCUCGAAUACGCAAAAGUUUUCUGAUGAGAAGACUUUUUGAAAUGCUUUUCUUCAUGCAGCUGUUGGUGGGAUUGAUACAGCAGUGGAUGGUUCCUACCAUUCAGAACUCAAUGAAACCAUUCCAGGAAAUGGACUUUUCUAGGAUGGUAGAGCGCCUCCUAAAGUUAGCUGUCCCUAACCAUCUGAUAUGGUUGAUAUUCUUCUAUUGGUUUUUCCACUCUUCUAUGAACUUUGUGGCAGAGCUGCUACAGUUUGGAGACAGAGAGUUUUACAAAGACUGGUGGAACUCUGAGUCCGUCACAUAUUUCUGGUCGAACUGGAAUAUCCCAGUUCACAAGUGGUGUCUGAGACACUUCUAUAAGCCGGUGUUGAGGAUGGGAGUCAACAAGUUUCUGGCUCAAACAGCAGUCUUCCUGAUGUCUGCCUUCUUCCACGAGUACCUGGUGAGUGUUCCUCUGAAGAUGUUUAGACUGUGGGCCUUUAUGGGAAUGAUGGCUCAGGUUCCUCUGGCUUGGUUUGUGGGUCGUUUCCUGAACGGAAACUACGGCAACGCUGCUGUGUGGAUCUCACUCAUUAUUGGCCAGCCUGUCGCUGUGUUGAUGUACGUCCAUGACUACUAUGUCAUUCAUCAUGGGAGCACGACAUAGUACCGGACAAACACACGCGUUCCCACAGUCACAAACACAAACAGGUACAAGUCAUGUUGCAAACACGCACACCAGUCUGCAGGACAACUCAAUGAGUCAAUGUAGAGCAAGUUAAGGUGACAUUAAUAGAAAGACAUGUUAUUUUGAACCUGUCGGUGAAAAGCAGCAAUAGGAAAAUUGUCUUUUGACUCCUGUUUUUUUGCACUAAAGAGAAAUGAACCAUAGUAUGCCAGGAAAUGAUUCUAAAAACAAGAGCAGUGUUUGCUUUAAGGCAGCAUUCCACUUUAGUUAGGCAAACAUACUUUUAUAGUCAGCCUCAUGUAUUAACUUUGGGAUCCGCAGUCACCACCCACUCUAAAUAUCUGUAUCUAGCAUGGGAUGUUUUAACUUUAAAUAAUCCUGGGCCCAAAGUGUUAAAGAACUCUGAUUUCUGUAAUUGGAAUUCAAAAAGUUAAUGUGAGGAAGAUUCUUGAGGUCUAACUAAGAUUAGAUUAGAUUAAAGCACUUUGGUGCAUUUAAAAGUGGAAACUCUGCUUGUAACCGAGCACUCCUCGAGUUUUUUGAAAAUGUGUCCACGUUUGUGAUCCACUGCCAAGCGAGCACAGGCCCGACGAGGAUCCUGUCGCCAAAGAGCUGAUGUGAAAAUGUUGUUUCCAUAUCAGUGGUUGAGAAGUCACUUCUUUCUUGUAUCCAAAGGCAACAGAGGAAUGAUGAAGCCAGAUAAACAGAUUGAUGCAGUGCAAUAGUUGAGUAUAACAGAUACUGUUAUGAUACAAAGACUUGUUAAACAAAAAUGAUUAAUGACAAGAAACUGAAGGAAGAGAUGCUAAAAAGUGAACGAGAAACUGUAAAAGGAAGUUUUUGUGACUUUAUUUGUACAGUCGUGGACCUCCAGGCAGCCUCUCCUCUUCUGUCUCCUAACAACAUCAAUGCAAGCUUUUAGUGUAACGGUACAUGCUAGAGGUGUGUUGUUCCCCGGGCGCUUCAUUGCAGCCCACUGCUCCUCCGGGAUGGGUUAAAUGCAGAGAAAUAAUUUCCCCAUUGUGGGACUAAUAAAGGAUUGAUUAUUAUUAUUAUUAUUAUUAUUAUUUGUUAUGACACGUGUCUUUUUGUGUUGCAUUUGACUUAUCAGAUGCUUUAUUUUAUACUAGUAUCAUUUUAUUUGUCUUUGACACUGUCUUCAUUUAUGUUGUGCCAAAUAACAAUUGGUGUUAUUUUAAAUUUAUGAUUUUACUCAGCAGUUGAUUUACUGAUUUCAACCAAUGAAUGUUUUUGCACUUUAAAGAGAUGCAUGCUGUUGACUAAAGCAAUAUAUUUUAAUGUAUUUUUUAAAGUUUUAUCAAUCAUGAAAGGAAGAUAUGUUUUGUUGAAAUCAUUUUAUGUUUUUUGAUUUGCUUGUUGACAUUAGGUUGACUUAUUUUUUUUUAACUUUUUAGGAAAGUAAAACAGCAGCUGCAGUGGUAAUAAGGAGAGUUUAAAACAGAAUUUUUAUGCCAUAGUUUUUUCAGUAUUUAAAUUCUAAAGACUCGAUUUCUUGGUUUGACCGGAUUUAAAAGUUGCCAAUAAGGACGUUGCCAUAUAAAAGUUAGAUAUUGUGUUAUUUUACCUUUUAUGUUUUGAACUACUUUCCGAAGAAAUAGUGACAGUUGACUGAUCAUGAUAAGUCUGAGCCUUUCUUUGUGAGAUCUGUCUUUUCUUUCCUUAUUAAUAACAUUUCAGGUAAAUAUUGUUUUUAAAUUAUAACACCAGUUAUCAAAAAUACUUUGUUGGCAUUCCUGAUUGAAAUUAAUUGAAGUGCCUGCUGUUAAAAAAAAAAGCUUGAACUCAAAAUGUAGAAAAUGAUAAAUACAAAUUGUUUUACAUAAAAAAGACAGAGCAAAUACUUCCUAAACCUUAUCCUUUGUGGCAAAUAGAUACAAAAUGCAUUUCUAUUCAUGGUAAUUGAAAUAUUUGGAAGCUGAAGACUUACUGCCCGAUCAGUAGUUCAAAUUCUUGUACAAAUGAACCUUUAAGCAGAAUAACACCUUUUUCAAUUUCAAAGCAGUAUAUUUGAUUAUUUCAUGGAAACAAGAUGUUAUUUUGCAGAGCCUCAUUCAAGCAUAACUCGUAUCACCUUAUUCAGUGCACAAAUGGUAGCUUUAAUAUCUGUUAGACUGACCCACUUUUAUCAACAGAUGGGAUCCAGUUUUAAAAAAUAGUGUAAACUUUAUAAACUGUGAGCAGCGGUGAGUGCAUAUUUGCUCAAUGUUCUUUUUUUUUUUUAUAAAUAAAGUGAACAUCUGAGGAUUAUUCCAGAAUCAACACAUGUAGCAACAGUGUUUUAGGUACCAAACUGAGGUACCAUACGGCCAAAAUACAAAAUGAGUUUUUCAGUGUAUUUUCUUUUGAAAUGAAUGGAAAGACUAAAACACUAAACAGUAAAAUCCUUCGAUAUCAGAAAAUACUGGACACAUUCAAUGGUAAACACAACUUAAAUAAUCCAAAAGUGCAAAUUUACAAUUUCUCAAUUGUAUGAAUCUCCUUUGAAAAAUAUAUUGACUCUAAGUUGUUUAGUUUUGUUUGCGUCUUAAUUUGUUAUGUUGUGAUAUUACUUGAAAAAGGAAAAUAUAAAGUGACAGGGUGUCGACCCCCAGAGUUUAACAUGAGAAGCUUCAUCACUACAGCUUGAGAUGAGACGAUCAAAAUUCUUCUAAAGGAUUUGUUGCAUCUCCCAGUUCUUGUUUUUGUGUUUUUGUACCACUUGCUGUUCCCACAAUAUUACCGCACUAUGUCUGCUCUUGGAAUAAGAGUAUGAAAUGCUGAAGAUGCAUCUUAAAGUUGAACUGUCUUUAGUUGCUUUUGAAUGAUUGUGUGAUGCAACAUAUAGUUAAAUGAAUGUAUUACUGAUCUAUUCAUACUGUAAACAGAAAUCCAAAGUGAAACAAAGAUUAUUUGUUAUGGGAAUGCAAAUCAUUUUCACAGCCUUUCACUUGAAAUGAUGUGUGUCAUUUGAUAAAGAUUAUUUAUA